UGGUAGAGAAGGUGGACUAUCUGUUUGCUGAGAACGGAUUGGUGGCCUAUCAGAAUGGACAGCUGGUAGCAGUACAGAGUAUCCAGGCGUACAUGGGGGAGGAUCUUCUUCAAGACUUCAUCAACUUCUGUCUCAACUACCUGUCCAAGAUUACACUACCCAGGAAGAGGGGGACCUUUAUAGAGUUCCGUAAUGGGAUGUUGAACGUGUCCCCUGUGGGGCGGAGCUGCAGUCAGGAGGAGAGACUGGAGUUCUACCAGCUGGACCAGAAAGAGCGAAUCAGAGAGAAGUUUGUUGCCGUUCUUCAGGAGGAGUUUAAAGGCAAAGGACUGACCUUCUCUAUCGGCGGCCAGAUCAGUUUUGAUGUGUUCCCAGAGGGAUGGGAUAAGCGUUACUGUCUGGGCCUGGUAGAGAAAGACUCCUAUCAAACCAUACACUUCUUUGGAGACAAAACUAAACCUGGAGGAAACGACCAUGAGAUCUAUGCAGAUCCCAGAACCAUCGGACAUGAAGUCACCUGCCCUGAAGACACACAACGGAUCUGUCAGGACCUGUUCUUCAACUGAUACGUCCUGCCCUACCAAGACCUGUUCUUCAACUGAUACACGGCCCGUCGUCCUGCCCUACCAAGACCUGUUCUUCACCUGAUACACGGCCCGUCGUCCUGCCCUACCAAGACCUGUUCUUCACCUGAUACACGGCCCGUCGUCCUGCCCUACCAAGACCUGUUCUUCACCUGAUACACGGCCCGUCGUCCUGCCCUACCAAGACCUGUUCUUCAACUGAUACACAGCCCGUCGUCCUGCCCUACCAAGACCUGUUCUUCACCUGAUACACGGCCCGUCGUCCUGCCCUACCAAGACCUGUUCUUCAACUGAUACACGUCCCGUCGUCCUGCCCUACCAAGACCUGUUCUUCACCGGAUACACGGCCCGUCGUCCUGCCCUACCAAGACCUGUUCUUCACCGGAUACACGGCCGUCGUCCUGCCCUACCAAGACCUGUUCUUCACCUGAUACACGGCCCGUCGUCCUGCCCUACCAAGUGAUCAUGUGACCAUUAGGGCUUUAUGGAAUUUAGGCCAACGAUUAAUUGUCAUGUCGACGGUCAUUUUUCAUGAACUUUGAAAGUUAUCUUGGAGUUACCCGACGCAUACAACACCGCUUUGGUGACACCCCUGUUUAGUAAACGAACGGUUUUGACCGCUGGGAACUUUGGGUAAUAAAGCUUCUUCCAACUGUGUCUUUCUGCACAUAAAAUGAUUAUCCACUUCAUGGAAACAUGAAAAACUGCUAUUGAUUAAACUAUAUCUGUUUGGGGUUUUAGGCUGCGUUUCUGUCUAUCACUUGGUGACAUCGGCUGUUUGUAAAAAGGGCUUUAUAAAUAAAUGUGAUUGAAAACCCCUCCUAAAA